GAGCAGAUGUCAAUGCUUGUACACCAUUGGGGCGUACUCCACUGCAUGUGGCAGCAUCACAGGGACAUGGUCACAUUGUAGAUCUUCUCCUGGAGAAAGGUGCCGACAUCGAUGCAGAGGAUGAAUCUGGUGCUUCAGCACUUACCAUUGCCGCGAGGUUCGGACACAAAACCUGUGAGCGACAUUUAUUCUUGUUCAGAUGGCAAGAACGUGCCAAGCGCACAAAACCAAGUGCCGAGCCUCCAAGAAUGGCCCAUCAGUAUUACGAUUCCUCGUUUCCGGUGUGGAAACGUGGUGGAAAAUGUCAAAUAUAUUUCAUGAACAUUUUACCACCUGGUGAAUAUGAGGGAACCAGAUUCAAUUCUCCGAAGAAACGAACUGAAUUAACCGAGGAUGAAAUAGAAGAAAUUGAAGCCAUUGGACGAGAUGGAAGAUUACCCGCCAUUAAAGAAGGGAAAAGAUUGCGAGCAAAAAGUGUAAGGUUUUGUAUUGGUGAUGGUGAUGAUGAUGGAACACAAAAUGUUGGACCAGCCCGCCUUGGUAAAAGAGGAGGUUUAUCAUACGAUCAGUGGUUGGGACGUAAACUUUCAGCCGAACAAAAAAUCAUCGACGUAAAGAAGAGCGAGCUUGAAAAGAAGAAGAUAGAGGAAGAUGAAAGACAACGGAAAGAGAAUGAAAUGGAGGAAUCGAGGAAGCGCCAAGAAGCCGAAAAAAGCGAGUCCUACGAAACUUGGCUCGCAAACAAAGAAACCGAAAAAGAACGUAAACCUGUGAUUCAGCCGCCACCUCAAGUUGUACGUCAGCCAGAACCGGAACGGGAACCAGUGGAAAAACAACCAGAAACUCGACAUGAUGGAUAUUUACGUUCUUAUUUAAAAUCACUGGACGAGAGGAAACAUGGCAAUAACUAUUUUUGUUACGAGAAUUGGCUCGAUGAAAAAGAAGAAACGAUUCUUGGCUUACGACGGCAGAAAACAACUUUUUCCACUUAAAUUAUUAAUUAAAAUAAAAUGGCAAUUGUAAGAAGUUAAUAUUAUAACUGGGAGAUUUAUUUCGAUCUAAAUUGGUGCUUAUAUUUUGUUUGUAUAUUUUUUUCUGUAUCUUUUUCGUAAAAACUUUUAAAGAUAACUAAGAAAGCCUCGUGUCAGCACUAUAAUCCAUUUUUUUCAUGGUUGAUAUAAAUUUUAACAAAAGAAGAUGGAUACUGCUUCAAACCUCUUGAGUAAUCUUUCUUUGAUAAAUUUUGAUAUUUAUUUUUUUUUGGAAUUUCAACACUUAAUUAGUUGAAGAAGGAUGAAAAAAUAGGAAUUUCACCAAAUCUUUCUAUACCUAGUCUUUUUUUCUUUAAUUCAAUUUUUGUUUACAUGUCAGUCUCAGAAUAUUGCAAAAUAUUGUUUAUUAAGUUUAUUUUUAUUUAUUCAAAUUAGGACUAAAUUCUUAUGUUUUUUUCAAUGAGUCAUUAUAACUCAUUGCAAUAACUAUAAUAUUUUGUUCUGGAUAUUUUUUGUACCGACAUCACUGUUCAUUAAAGUUCUAUAUAUUCAUAUGUCAUACAUACUAAAUACUGUUGGAAAGAUUUUCUCCAGAUUUUACAUGGUAGCCUUAGAUUUCAUGAUCAUUUUUAAUCAUUGUCAUAGAUAUUAAUGUACAGUAAUACUAUAUACAUUGUACAAUAAUAACUGUAACUUAUACAUGUAUAAAUAAAAUGCUCUAUAAAUCAUGUACAUAAAAAAGCUAUCUGUGAUUGUACACAUUUUUCAACUGGUAUUUUUUUUUCUUAGUUUGCUCACAUGGCUUUGUUCCCUUUGUUGUUUCCAGUUGUAUAAAAUAUGUAAACAAGUAUUCACAAUUGUUGUUUUUUUUAGGUAUCUAUAAGUAACAUGUUAUUUUGAAAAUUACCAGUUUUUCAAAGAUUGAUCACUUGUAUUUGUAAUCAAAAAAUUAAAGAAAUGUUAAAAAGACUAGUAAGUAAUAAAAUAUAUCUUUAGAAAUCGUAACAUCUCAUCUUAGUUUCAAUAAUAAAUCAAAUUGCAUGAGGUAAAGUAUCUAGUUUUUACCUAUUGAAGCUAUACAAUCUAUUUUAAUAUCAUUAAAACUGCCAAGAUUUUUUUUAUUUCAUUUUUGUUUUCAAAGUUUAAAAGGUAGUCAUGGAAUGAUGUAAUGAGAUACAAAGAACAAAAUUCUGUGUACAUGUAUACUUUUUAAAUUUUAAAAUUUAAAAAUAGAAUAGAAAAAAAUGUUAAUGAUAGUUUAGUUUCUUUUUCCUUGUUUAGCUAUUUCAUAAGUAUGUACAUGCAAAGAAAAGUUGAUAAUGUCACAUUUCACUAUUUUGUUAAUAAAAUUAUGAAACCAAGUUAGUGUAGCUUA